CUGGUGCCCCUGGAUACGUGAAUUAAUGGCUUUUUUAUUUAAUAGAGUACUACAGUUAAAAAAACUAAAUGCGUGUUAAAAAUAUAGUACUCAUAUAGAAGUAGGAUUUUUGACAAUGCCAUACCAUGUUUAUGUUAUACACUGUGUCUUUAUUUUAAUUUAUAUUUCCUUUUUUUUUCGUUGUAUUUUGCUUCGAUUGUUUAACAUUCUGAACGAUACGAUUGCAACUACAUAUACUAUUAUUUGGUGUCUUACAUCUAGUUCAGUGAAAUGUUACAUAAUCGUCUUUAGAUAUGUAUAGCAAAAUGGUUGAACGAUUAACCGUUUUAUCCUUUGCACAGGGACCUAUACAAACAAAUUUGUUUGUAUAGGUCCCUGCUUUGCAAUACUCGAUGACGCAACGCAGCCUUCUUGAUUUAUCCGCUGUAUACCAACGGUGCCAAACAAUAAGCGUGCGACUUGAUCUACUUUACCUGCGCGGGAACAACUAUUGCUUAACGACAGCCAGUGUUUGACGGGCUUAUACGUGGUUCGUACAAAUGUAUUAAGUGUACAGUGUGUAUACAGACUAAAAGCAAUGCUAUUGAUUAGCACAAAGGCGUACAUAAUAGCCCAAUGAUUAAUGAUUAACUCAGUAGAUAAUACUUAAUGAGAUCAACAUGUAUACAUCGUGCAUGUGAAGAUUGUCGUAUCUGGGUGAGUGGAACACGGGGUAUUCAACAGCGACCUUCAGUGAACAAGACGUAAGGACAUUCUUUAUAGAACAGUUGCUUUUCUGAAAACCAACCCGAUCUUCGGAAUUACAGCUAACGACUGUUUAUGUGUUACGUCAGUGUUAAGGUGGAUAUUUUUCAGCCCAGUGGUUAUGUAGGCAGCGCAAUUUCCGUUUCGGCAAUGAUACAGUUCUGUUAUGUGCUCAGGAAAAUGAAAACAGGUAGAACAGAAAUACUGAGAUAGCAUUAGUAUUUGGAUUGCAGGCUUCUGCUGUGAUAACAUAUAGCGUUUGAAAAAGAUCCUAAGCAACGGACGAUCAGUGUCUGUCUUGAUUUUCGGAAAUUUAACGCUCAAAUAUCAAGCUGGCAGGCUGGGUGAACGUUCAGCAAGCAAACUUCUCCUCUUUCCAACCCCCCAGAACACGCGCGGUUAAUUCACUUCCGGUACUUCCCAUCGAGGCAGACACUUCGACUUUAGGCGCAGGUUCCCUGCUAGUAAGCUUUCAAUCGAAACCACCAGGCAUGUCCGCGUCACUCUUCACCAUCACUUCGAGUGAGGCGUCGAAACUCGUUCGAAAUCAGCGAAAGAGAGAUGACGACAGAUUCUGCUUCCUUCUCCAAGUGUCGUUUCAAUCGGUGUACAGCGACUCGCCGAUUCCUAACACGUGUAUGAAGAAAAUCCCCAGACUUUUGAAUGGCAUUCCACUGGGACCCGGCGUGAUGGCGCGUGAUCAGUUGGAUAGCAUACGGUGGCGCUAUAUAGAAGGGGGAACCAAGCUGCACACAUUUAUCUCGGUUCCGAUGUUCGAAGAGGAGGCGGAGGAGAGCAAACGGUCGCUCAGAGACAGUCUCAUGAGGCAGUCUCAAGCGGUGUUCGGUGAUAUAACCGUCAAGGCGUCUGUGAUACUGUCUCACUGCAUCAACUAUGAUGACGACAUCAUCCUCAACGACAUCGCCGUGCCUUUAGAAGAGGGUCUCCACUUCCGGGACUAGAUGGAACACUUGCGGUGAUCCUAAAAAGAAGCGGACCGCACGCUCCAUUCUAAAGGAGGGCAGAGCCGUCCACUCAUGGACAACUAGCUUGUGCAAUGAAUAGAGUCGUUUUUUGGCGCUUAUUAAGCUUGCUUAUUUAUACCUUGUAUGUUCCG